AUGAGUCUGACACUAGUAAUGUUGAUCCUCAUGAUCUUUAUAUCUUCGGGUCUAACUGCAAAGUGCCCACGUGUUUGUGUCUGUGAUGACACCAAGCUCAUUGUAACCUGCAUUGGGAAGAACCUCACACACAUUCCUAUAGCCAUAAAGGAGAUCACAGUGAAGUUGGAUCUUAAGAGAAACAAUCUUGGCGAACUGAUCAAAGGUGCUUUUAAACACACACCCUACCUGACCCACCUGAACCUGCAGGGAUGUGGGAUUCACUCAGUAAGAGAGGGGGCAUUCCGAGGUCUUUCCCGUUUGGUCCAACUUGACCUCACCAGGAACAUCAUUAACGUCCUAUACCAGGAAUCGUUUGAUGGAUUAUCAUCAUUGAAGCAGUUAUAUUUGGAUCGGAACCGCAUUGAGGAGAUCAAUCCUGGAGCGUUUGCUUCGUUGAGCUCUUUGAAUCUGCUGUCCGUCACUCAUAAUCAACUUGUCUACAUUCCCAACAUGGCAUUUCAGGGUAUGUUCAAUAUCCAGUUGUUACGUUUGAGUCACAACUCUUUAAACAAUCUGGCAACAGAAGCCUUUGCUGGUCUUCUCACACUCACUCACUUGAACCUGGACCAUAAUGAGCUCCAGUUCUUUCCUACAAAAACUAUGACCAGAUUAGUGGAGUUGACUCAUCUCGACAUGAGUUUUAACCCUAUGACGUAUCUGGUGGACGAGAGUGUGACAAUGCCAAAACUCACACAUCUGUUGUUGACCAACAUGGCCUUGCAGGACCUGUCAGAUUUAACUUUGUCUCUCUCUCCCUUCAUCUCUCAUCUGGACCUGAGCAAUAACCAGCUCCCUUACAUACCGGCCCUAAUGGGGACCACACGGCUCACCAGCCUCAACCUCACUGGAAACCCCAUCAGAUGUACCUGUUUACUACAGGACCUAAAGAUGUGGGCAAAGAAGUCCGGGAUUAAGCUCUAUGGUGAAUGUGCUUGGCCUCCACACCUCUCAGAUGAACCUCUGGUUAAUGUGCAAGAACAGGACCUCCGCUGCAGACAACAAGAUGAGCUGAUGCUGCCAGAUGAGACAGAAAAAGAAGGAGAGGCAAAAACUACCGAUGAAGAAAAGAGUACGGAAAAAAGCAAGCCAAAGAAAAGUGACAGAUGUCCACAGAAUUGCUAUUGUGAGCCUGAUGCUCAACAUGCUACCUGUGAGGAACGUGGUCACACAAAAGUGCCAAGUGGUUUCCCCGGCAACACUCACCUGCUGAACAUGCGUGGCAACCACUUCCACUAUCUUCCUAGCAACAGUUUCCCUAAAGUCCCUAAUGUGGUGUCCCUUCACUUGGACAGCUGUAAAAUCCAUGAAAUCGAGAACGGAGCUUUCCAGGGUAUGAAGUGGCUGAUGUACCUCUACUUGUCCGACAACCAGCUUUCUUCCUUGGACACAAAUGUCUUCGCAGCUGCCCACGAGAUCAUGUAUCUUCACCUUGAAGGCAACAGGCUCUCCCAGUUUCCUUAUUCAGCUACACUGGCUCACAUCCCUAAACUCCUGGAGCUGCAUCUGGAAAGAAAUCUGAUAGCUAAACUAGAGCCUGUGGGGCUUCUUACUCCAAUCCCUCAACUGACAGGCCUCUAUCUCACCAAUAACACCAUUACAACCAUAGUCCCUAAAGCUCUGGAUCCAGCACCCAAGCUGGAUGUUCUCCAUCUGGAAGAUAAUAAGCUUACAGAAGUGCCUAGUGAUGCAAUAGGCCAUGCACCUCUGUUUACCGAAUUCCAUCUUUCAGGGAAUCUGAUUCGCUGGAUAGGUCCAAGAGCGUUUAGGGGCGUGGCUAAAAGUCUGAAACACCUGCAUAUUGAUAGAAUGGGUCUUCAAAAGAUGAGUGCAACGUCUCUGACAGGGCUUGGUCCCGGUCUCCUGUCUUUAUCUCUGGAAGAGAAUCAGUUAGAAGAGUUACCUGACUUUUCACAUCUUACUGGCCUGCAAAACCUCACCCUGGGUACCAAUCCACUAAUGUGUGACUGCAAAUUACUGCCAUUUUACAGCUGGUUGUCAAAUACAAGCCUAAAAGUUGAAGCUGUGUGUGGUUACCCUUCUGAGCUGCGAGGUCAGGCUGUGAUAGAUGCUGUCAUCUUUGAAAACUGCUUAGGAGAAAAUGCUCAGGCAUUCAAUGAAACCUCCAUCACCACCACCAAUGACCCAAAAAUAACAGAGAUGCAGACGACAGCAGGGCCACUGGAAAAUAGUAAUGGACACAAACCAGUGAAAAAUCCCAAAAGAACCAGGUCUAAAAAGAAAAACAGAAGAAAGAAGAUCAAGCAAAAGGAAAAGAAGCAUUGA